AGCGAUUGCAAGUGCAUGCAGCGCCCAGUUACAAAGAAGAAGUGCAGAUUGCCUGCACAGGAUGCACUGACCACUCGCGUAAAGAGCGAAAAACGCCGAAAAAUUCCGGCAAAAUAAAACACGCGCAGUGACGCAUUUCAAACACAACAACAGAAGUCUUUAUUUACUCCAUUCACGAUGUCAAUGACCGCCGUAUUGCUGACGCUCAUCCUCACGCUGUUUGUCGCGCUGUGUGCUUUUAUGCAGCGCCGCUUGAGCUACUGGCGCAGACACGGCAUAGCACAUGACAAGCCCAACUGGCUGCUAGGCAAUUUGGCGGGCAUACAGCGUACCGUGAGCUUCGCCGAUAUCAGUCGCAAUAUCUACUUGAAGUACAAGGGCACGGGCCCAUUCUGCGGCUUCUAUUUCUUUCUGCGCCCAGCGGUGGUGCUCUUGGAUGUGGAUUUGAUCAAAAAUGUGCUGAUAAAAGACUUUGUGAACUUCGCCGAUCGCGGCAUGUUCAACAAUGAGCGCGACGAUCCGCUGACCGGUCACCUCUUCCUUUUGGAUGGGCACAAGUGGCGCAGCUUGCGUGGUAAACUCUCGUCGACUUUUUCGUCGGGCAAAAUGAAAUUCAUGUUCCCCACCAUCGUAGAGGUGACACACAAUUUGGUCGAUGUGUUGGGCGAACAGCUGCGUGUGGACAAUGUCGUCGAGUUGAAGGAGAUCUUGGCGCGUUUCACCACCGAUGUUAUUGGUAAAGUGGCUUUCGGCAUUGCCUGUAAUUCGUUGCGUGAUCCAGAGGCGGAAUUUCGCAUUAUGGGACGACGUUCAUUUAGCGAAGAGCGCCACGGCCCAGUGGUGAGUGGUUUCCUUCACAGCUUUCCGAAUUUGGCGCGCCGCUUGCGCAUGCGUUCGAUAAAUGAUGACAUUAGCGAUUUCUUUAUGCGCAUUGUGCGCGAAACUGUGGAGUACCGCGAGCAGAACAACAUCAAAUGCAAUGAUUUCAUGAGCAUUCUAAUUGAUUUGCGAAACGAUAAGAAACUGCGCGGUGAGCACGGCGAGGAGAAAUGCCUCACAAUGGCGGAGAUGGCCGCGCAGACAUUUGUCUUUUUCAUAGCCGGUUUCGAGACCUCCUCAACCACAAUGUCUUUCGCAUUGUACGAAAUGGCCCUACAGCCACAGUUACAGGAACGUUUACGGCGCGAGGUGCUGCACACAUUUGCGAAGCACAAUAAUGAGUUCACCUACGAGUGUCUGCAAGAAAUGCAGUACAUGGAUCAGGUGGUAGCUGAAACCCUGCGGAAAUACACCGUUGUACCACAGUUAAACCGACAAGCUUUGAGCGAUUACCCGGUGCCGGGCCAUCCGAAUUAUGUUAUUAAGAAGGGCAUGACGGUGCUCAUACCCUCGGUGGGUGUACACUACGACCCCGAUAUCUAUCCAAACCCAGAUCAUUGGGAUCCAGAUCGUUUUACGCCGGAAAAGCGUCAGCUGCGUGAGACUGUUGAGUGGCUGCCCUUUGGUGAGGGUCCGCGGAAUUGUAUUGGCCAGCGCUUCGGACGCAUGCAGAUUCGAAUCGGCUUGGCGCAUUUGUUGCGCAAAUAUCGGUUCAAGGUAUGCCACAAAACGGAGACACCUUUAAAGAUGAAUGUCAAGUCAUUUCUGGUCAAUACACUUAACGGUAUAUACUUGAGAGUAGAAGAAUUGGAGACAAAAAAUUGAUAUGAAUUAAACAAGUUAUUAUUAUGAGUAACAAUACUAAGCACGUAUUUCAUUUUUUAGAGAAACAAAUAUCAUGAACAUAUUAUGUCUUGCACAAAUUCUCAGCAAUAAAUCGAAUUUCAGAUACUUUAUAGGACUUCGGCGUACUUUGUAAAAUAUGGUUCUAAAUACUUUAAAGCUUAUCUGAAAUAAAGAUUGAGAAAUUGAGUCCUUUUUCCAUACUA